AUGGCGGCAGCGUCUCGAGGGCGGGAGGAGGAAGGGAGCAUGGCCGCCCUGGCCCGGCUUCAGGAGAGGCUGCAGAGACUCCGCGAGGAGUAUUUCCUUAUGAACAGAGCUAUAGAUGAAGACAGAAAAACAAAGUACAAAGCUGCUGUCAAGAUCCAGUGCUGGUUUCGAGCAUGCAGAGUCCGAGCCUAUCUGAGACAUCUGAGCAAAAUGGCGAUUUUGAUACAGAAAUGGUGGAGAGGUUAUCUACGAAGAAAAAACUUCAGAGAAAUAGUGGAGAGAGCAUAUUUUAUUAAGAAGCUGAAAUUCUACAAUGAAAUGGCUGUCAGGAUCCAGAAAAUGUGGCGAGGCUAUUAUGUUCGGAAGUAUAUCCAUAAUUUUUAUGCCCUGAAGAAAUACCUGGAAGCUGUUUCUGUGAAUAACGAGCUUAUCAGGAGUGAACUUCAAGAGUAUGCAGAAAUGAAAGAAAAUGAAGAGAAAAUGAAAGACCUAGAAAAGAAAGAAAAGGAAAAGAAAUACCAAGCCCGAAAGAUGCAUUACCUCCUUAGCACUGAGCAGAUUCCAGGCAUCUACAAUUCACCAUUCAGAAAAUCCCCAGAUCCCAUGGAACUGCUGCUACGGAAGUCAAAGCCACUGACCCACAGAAGGCAGAAAAUGAGGAGUCCCUUUGCCGAUGAGCUCUAUGACUGGCCAACUUGUAAAAAGCCUCCAGCUUUUGUCACAGCACUGCCUCUGCUACCUGCUGACAGACAGAAACCUCAGGGGCCUUUCCGUGAUCCUGCUGAAGUGUUGAGGCAGCGCUACAAGCCUUUGGAACCAACCCUGCGAGUGAGAGAAUCAAUGAACUCACCGCCAGCCAAGGCCAGAGAGGCAGCACGAAGGGAGGAAUGGAGAAGUCCCAUACAUGACAAUGAAUUUCUGCCCUUUUCUUCAUAUCAUAAGAAUGAUGAGAAGUAUAAGCCAUCACUUUUUCAGUCAGGCAAGUAUGGCCGAGAAGCUUAUGGAACUAAAUAUUUCAGAGAAGUAUAUCCUAAGAAGUGGAUAGCAGAUAAGGACUUUGAAACACUGUUUCCAUCGAUUGUUCUCUUUGAAAAGUUUGGAAAAACUUACUCCAGUGCUGGAGAAAUAGCAUAA